AUGAAUAAUCCUAAAUUCCAAAAUAAACCUUUCAAACCACCUAGAAGGAUAAAUACUUUGAAUCACGAUACAACCAAAAUAAAUGUCACCAGCGAUUCUGAAAUAAAUAAAAACGGCAUAUUCAAAAGGAAAUCAGCUAAUGAUACCAUUGAUACUACUUUUCAAGAAAAAAAGAUAAAAGUACAUAAAAUUGACGAUCGUUUUCCAUUGUCAAGAGACAUCUCAUCGAUAUUUGCCACAGUGUAUAGGAAAAAAACACUUAAGAAAAACAAAGUUUGGACAAAUGACGGUUUCUGUAUUCUAAAAAAUGACAACAGACUAAACUUUUACGAUGAUGCUGGGAACUUUAUAUCAGGUCUGGAUCUCAAAUUAACUACUGAUUCUCUUUUUGAUGAAUUAUUCAAGAUUGGGUCCUUGGAAUUACAAAUUGAUUAUAAAAUUGAGGAUCCUGAAGAAACCAAAAAAACUGUUAGUAUUAUUUUUGGAAGGAAAGCUGAUAAUACUAUAAAUAGUAGUAGUCUAAUUAAAAAUAACAGCACUGUUGAAAGCCACAAUGAUGGAAAUAGUAACUAUGUUAAUACAAAUCAAUCAAAGAAUCUUCUAAAUGCAACAACCUCCACUACGACAUCUGAUAUAAAUAGAAAAUUAAUUGCUUCAAAAGAAAUUAUUAAAUCAUUUCAAACUAAAAUCAAUAACACUUCUAAAUCACAUCUUGUCCCUCUAUCGCAACUCUUUGCUAAAAAGACCACAGCUUCAUUUCGCCAAAUAUUAAUAAGGUCAGAAUCGCAUACUCCUUUGACAACACCUAGCUCAAAUAUUUCGUCUGAUAAUCAGAAAAUAUUUCUUCCUGUAUUUGAUUUGAAUAAAAUUUCUGAUCCCAUCGUAAUGAAUAGAUCGAAAGAUGCACUAGUUGAUGUUAUAGUAGAUCCCAUUUUAGGAAAAUUAUUAAGGCCGCACCAGAGAGAGGGUGUGAAAUUCAUGUACGAUUGUAUGAUGGGGUUACAAAGGCCUUCAACAACUAUUGUCAAAAAUACUGAUGAUGAUGGUGAUUCUACUUCAAAAUCAUUGACCUUAGAAUAUGAUUCUGAUAUUAAAGGUUGCUUACUAGCUGAUGAGAUGGGUUUAGGGAAAACUUUGAUGACAAUUACAUUGAUCUGGACUUUACUAAAACAAACUGCAUUUCCAACAAACGUUGCCGUUUCUCAAUCAGGAGUUCCCUUACAUGGUGCAUACAAAAAGUUCAUUAUUGUUUGUCCCGUCACAUUAAUUGGUAAUUGGAAAAGAGAAUUUGGUAAAUGGUUGGGGUUGUCAGCAAUUGGAAUUUUAACCUUAUCGCCAAAAAAUAACUCUGAAAAAGAUAAGAUGGAUGUCAGAAACUUUUUAAAGGUCCAAAGAAUUUACCAAGUCUUAAUAAUUGGUUACGAAAAAAUAUUAAGUGUGUCAGAUGAUCUUUUUGAAAAUAAAGAUAAAAUAGAUAUGAUUAUUUGUGAUGAAGGUCAUAGACUAAAAAAUGGUUCUUCAAAAAUUCUUAAUGCUUUAAAAAGAUUAGAUGUCGAAAACAAAGUACUGUUAUCAGGAACACCAAUUCAAAAUGAUCUAAAUGAAUUUUUUACGAUUAUAGAUUUCAUUAAUCCUGGUAUUUUAGGUUCAUUUAAUCACUUUAAAAAGAAAUUUAUAACUCCAAUAACUAGAGCUAGAGAUGUGAACAAUCGUUACAAUGAGGAUAUUCUAUCAAUAGGAUCGGAGAAAUCUAAAGAAAUGAUACAGAUCACCAAGAGAUUUGUAUUACGAAGGACAAAUUCACUAUUGACUAAAUACUUACCUCCAAAGAAUGAUGUGAUUCUGUUCUGUAAACCUACAGAUGCUCAGCUAAAUGCUUUUUCCGAUAUAUUUUCGGUUUCCCAUUUCGAUAUCAAUAAUCUGAGUUUUACAUCAUCAUUGGGUUUGAUAACUUUGUUUAAGAAAAUCUGUAACACACCAAUGUUAAUAAAGUCAGAUUCAUAUUAUCAAUCUAACUUGAGAAAUUCAUCGACAACAUUGGUGUAUGAAAAUAAACUAGAUUCGGGAAAAUUAAAAGUUUUUAUGAGUUUAUUGGAUCAUAUUAGAAAUGCUACUGAUGAAAAGGUCGUAAUUGUAUCUAAUUAUACCCAGACAUUGGAUAUUCUUGAAAACUUAAUGCGAUCCCAAAAUAUUACAACCUGUCGUUUAGAUGGUUCAACUCCAAAUAAGCAAAGAGAUUCUAUUGUAACAAACUUUAAUCGAAACGCUAAUAUUUUUGGGUUUCUUCUUAGUUCGAAAUCUGGUGGUGCCGGUUUAAACUUAAUUGGUGCAUCGCGACUGAUUUUAUUUGAUAAUGAUUGGAAUCCUUCGAUUGAUUUACAAGCUAUGUCAAGAAUUCAUAGAGAUGGUCAAAAAAAAACAUGCCAUAUAUAUAGAUUGAUUACAACUGGUUGCAUCGAUGAAAAGAUUUUCCAGAGACAACUAAUGAAACAUAGUUUAAGCCAACAAUUUUUAAAUGAUCAAGAUGACAAUUCGGGCAGUCAUAAAAAUGAUGAUUUAUUUAACAAAGAAGAUUUAAAGGAUUUAUUUACAAUUGUAUCAGACUCAAAAUGUAACACCCAUGACCUAAUAUGUGAUUGCGAUGGAUCAACUAAUGAAGAUUACAGUAUUUCGACCGAUGAUGAGUUCGAAGAUAGCAAAGAAACUUCUAUAUCAUCACUCACUUCUAAUGGAUGGACUAGUGCUCUAAAUGCUCAAAAAUUGUUAGAGGAGAGAGAAAAAUCUGAGAAACUAGAAAAAACAAAGAUUAUCAAAAAAUGUCUUGCAGGCUACAGACAUAUUGAUUUAACUAUUCAAAAUAGCAUUGAAGAUAGCAUAUUAGAAGAAUCGUUACCGAAAAAUCUUGAUUGUGUAACUUUUGCAUUCUUUAAACCAGGAAAAGCAAAAAGCUUAUAG